AUGUUGUUUCCGGUUGACGCAGAGGAGUGGCUGAGGUUUGUGUCGCGUGUUCAGCAGGCCAGUGCUCCACGAGGAGACGAGGGGUCCCCAGCCGCCGCCAUGUUGCAAGCCUUCCUUAGAGAUCUGCAGCAGCAGCGACGUCCGACGACGCAGGUGCGCCGUAACCAGGCCACUGAAACGAGGGGCGACGUUCCGGGCCCGAGGCUGGCAUCGCUGCUGCGUGGGACUUCCGGCGCCGGCGGGGACCGCGGCAAGAUCACGCCGCCUGUGGGGACGCACAUGAUCAAGCCGCAAGUGCCUGCAAGGGAGUCAACUGAGUUACCAGACAGCAGCUCGGUGGACACCGGCUCUUCCCCGCGGCCCCUCCCAGCCUCUCGGUCGCCGCUGCUGCUCCCACACCACAGGAAGAUUCGCGAGCCGAGCGAGCGCCUGCUGACGCUGGCACAGCCUCGGAGGCCGGUGGAGCCGCCUGGCCCCAUUCGGACGCAGCUGUCGCAGGUGGAGGACAAGCAGGUGGUGGCUCUGGAGCGCAUCAGGCAGCGGCAGUCUCUCGCCGAGGCGGCGCACUACCAGCGGUCCGGCUCCGAGCAUAGCAGCAGCGCCUCGCCGCGCGCCGGCCUCACGCAGGCGCGGCUGAGCCAAGUGUCGUCACCGUUGGGCGCCAAAACGUCGUCUCGGGCGCAGCCGUCGGGCACCGGGGUGGACCGCGACCGACGCAGCGUCGUGGGGUCGGUUCAAGGGACGGAGCCGUCGCACGCCUCCGCCGCGUGGACGCCACGCGUGGCCCUGCGGCCGCGCCGGACCGCCAAUGGCCCGGGCUGGCUGCCCUACAGCCGCAGGAAGCUCCGGGAACCGAGCCAGCGGAUCAUAAUGCUGGCCCAGCCUCGGAAGGCGCCGCCGCCGCCGGAGGAGACAUCGGAGGCGAAGAAGAAGAAGAUGUCCGAGAGCGGCUCCGAGGUGCCGUCACUGCAGGACAAGACGGUGUCGCCGGAAGAGCGCGUCAAGAUACGGCAGUCCAAGGCGGAGGCAGCACAUUUCGGCCGCGCCACAGAGCGAGCCAAGCUGGCUUCGCGCUGGAGGCACGCCAAGGAGGAGAAGGCGGCUCGGGAGGCGGCGGCAAAGGCCAGGGCCAAGAGCUACCUGGGCAGGGCCAGCUCCUUCGCAGCUGCUCGCCAGGCAACACAGAAGGCGCUCAGCACGGUGGCCAGCGACCGCCGAUAG